AAGACAUUUCAUAUUCUCACAUGGCGACAGGAAAGACUAGUAAUUAUUAAGAACUUGGUAUUUCAAUUGCCCUACUCUUGGUACCAUCAAACUGUCUUUCCUGCCGUCCAGUCUUUAAAGAUGGGUAGUUUGCUAACUCCUCCUCCUUCCAUAUGCUUUACUCGAGCGAAAACGGCGACGAGGAGCCAGGCAGCCCGGCCGUCAGGCAGACUCAGAGAGCGACUCAUAGAGAGAGACAUAGAGAGAAGAGAGCAGAGACCUCACUCACCUGGGAAGGUUCCUACAAUUUUGAUUCGUCCGACAUGCCUGUCUUAGGCUAAAGGCUUUUAUUGGGAUCCCUGGUCUACGUCACCCUCUUGAGAAAAUUCUGCCGAAAUCCAUCUGCAACGCCUUUGUGCAUGGUUCGACAAUGACAGCGAGCGAAGCAGAACGAAGGAAACGCCCUACGAUCUACGUGAAUUGCCUUGUUCUCCUACCAGUUGUUUGUAACUACGGUACUACGUCAUUUGAAAGGCUUAUUUAUGUAAUAAAUAUCAUAUUUAAUUACAUUUUUCCUUCCAACCUUUAUUUCAAACCACAGAUUUUUAUGGUGUUCUGCUUAUGGCGCCCAACGUGGGGCAACACGAAGAAAGGUGCUCAAUGAUGGUGCAGAUGAUCCAGUAGAGAAUUGACCACGACUGGGGCUCCCAAUAGUCUCUCAUAUUUCUAUUUGUAGGACAUUGACAUUUUCCUUUCCAGGAUAUUAACAUUUUAUUGGUAUAAAUAUAAUUUUCCUUUUCAGAAAAUUAACAUUUUAUUGGUUUGCAUUUGUUAUACUUUUGUUAUAAUGGCUAACUUACAGGUACUGAUCGGACAACGAAAAGUCAUUCGGAGAAAAGUCACCGAACAAUUCAAUAGGUCUGACACCUAUUCUGCCCUUACACAAGAAGGAAAGUUAGCUAUUAAAGGUCUUCUUGUUAAUUAUAGAAACAAGUUGUCAGAGCUAGAUGAUCAAAUCCUCUUGAAGAAAUUUCCUGACAUAUCUGAUGAAGCAGAGUUAGAGCCAGAAUUAACAAGUUGCCAGGAUUAUCUAGACAAAAUUGAGCAUUGUCUACCAUUACUUGAGAUUUCAAGGAGUAAGAAUGAUUCUAAUAAUAUUCCCGACGUGGCCCGCAGUUUACUGAAACAGCCAACAGCUCCUCUUCCUAAGUUUACAAGCAAAGAAGGAGAAGAUUUCUUGAAAUUUAUAGCAGAGUUUGAGGCUACAACUAAUGCAUUUCAGUAUCCAGACAGAGAUUUACUUUUAUUGCUGAAGCAACAGGUAGACGGUCGAGCAAAGACUUUAUUAAGUUCUCUGGAAGCUGAUAAACAGCGUUAUGUAGAUGCCAAAGAACUAUUGAUUUCCGCCUUUGCUUCUAAGGAGGUUUGUAAAAACAAUGCAAUUAAGAAAAUUACGGAGUUAAGUCUAAGAGAGGGUGAUGAUCCCUUCAUAUUUAUUUCCAUCCUCCGAUCAGUAUGCGAAGCAGUCAAGACUUUUAACAUUGGAGCGGAUGAAUUUGUCAGAUAUUUUGCUUGGCACGGCUUAAAUGGUCGCUUUCAGCGUCAUAUUAUUAAUAUUGCAGGAAAGACUCAUCCUUCCUUAAAUGACAUUAUUUCACAUUUCUUUGCAGCUUGCGAAAGGUACGGAAGUGACGGGAAAGGUGUUGAAAGCUUGAAGUGUAAAGCUUCGCCUGUCAAGACAUUAACACUCCCUCUUCGUAAAGAGAGAGCUACCAGCAUGGCUGCGGAAGCAGUAACCUAUGAUAAAGAAAGACAAGUCUUCGCCUCAAUGUUCCUUGUGUUCUGCGGUUGGAAAUACUGAUAAAUUUUACUUUAUUCAUAAGUGCCCUAAUUUUCUUUCUCCUACAGAUAAAGUGCAUAUUUUAAAAUCUAGAAAUGGAUGUGUAAAAUGCGGCCAGUUUAACCAUGUUUCCGGUAAGUGCCGUUUUAAAUUCAAGAGACGCUGUUCAAAUUGUAACAGCUGGCAUAUGACUUACCUGUGUGAUAGGAGUCCGUCACCAGGCAGAAACUCUAACAAUAAUAAUAACGGCAAAUCCAAGGUGGAAACUUCUCCUCAAAUAAGCAGCGGUGUUGCCGUCCUUCCUACUUGUCAGGGUGAUUCCAUUUUACCCACCUUUUCAUUUAAAGUUGGGGGGACUGUUUACAGAGGACUGAAGGACAGUGGUUCGCAGAGCACGUUUGUCACUAAGAAAUUGGCGGAGGAGAAUAAUCUUAAAAUCAUUAACUCUAAAGUAAAGCUAACAGUUAAUGGGUUUAAUGGCAACAAGGAGUAUUUUACUGAAAUUGUUGAAG